GUGCUGCGGGAACUGGUGUGCAGUCGGGCCAGUGAUAAGAGAAAUAAAAGGCUUCUUUAAUGAAGCCUCCGCAAUAACAGUUUAGGCAUGUGGGAAAUGCGAUAGUUGAUUUUUUUUUUUUUGUGUGUGUGUCUGAUUAAACUGUGUGAGGGAGACGAGAAACUUGGAAGAUUACCGAGGGAAUGGCUAAGUUAAAGGGAGAAUUUGAUAUUUUUUUCAACAACAAAAAAACUUUUCAUCGGCAUGAAUAUGCUCUAAAACCAAACCUGACCUCCUUCGGAAUAUGUUCGGAAUGAGGAUUUCAGCCUUUCUCUCAUAUAAGCGACAGAUAUUUAACUUUUGAUGGAGCCUCCUUACAGAUUUUCAUCUGACCUAACAACGAAGUGGGAGUAGAGAGAAAGUUGGGACAUCCUAACACAAAAGUAAGUGUGUUCUUAAAGCGACAAUAUUUCUUUUUGUUGCUUCUCGCUGUCCUAACUCCAUCUCCAAGGUCUUAGUGGCUGCACUGAAGACCAGGACAAGCUGAAGACACCCAGCCUAUGCCUGAAGGGCAAAAUAAGAAAUGAGAAUAUGGAUGUUUUGCUGCUGCUUCAAAACAUUUCUUGCACUGUAUCUUACUAGAGAACAUGUGAAACUGCUGAAUUUUCUCCUAAAGGAAACCAGAGAAGGAGGAAUAGUGACUUUUGCCAAGUAGAGACUAUGUUUGAAGACGACGGAGCUGGACUCGAACUGAUGACACUGGAUACAGCAACUUCAGUUUGUAGUUGCAGUGACCUGUUUGCUGAAAAUUGUGAAAAAACCUGCUCCUUUCUCAUGCGUGGAUUAAAAAAAAAAUCUGUGACAGCUGAAGUGUGCAUAUCUUGGGAUUUCAAUAAAAUUCAAGACCUAAAGAUCCACUCUUUGCUUUCUCCAAGAGUGCCAGGAUUUUCAGUGAGACAGGUACCUUAUUUCGGAUUCCAUAGGAGCAAAUAGCAGGAUACUGCCUAUUAGGCCUGGAUGCGGUUGGAUUAUGCUACCUCUGCUUUGGCAACCAGCAUUAUUAUUUCAGAGAAUAACUAAAAACGAUAGAUUUUAACGGAUCACCUUCACUGAGAAUAAACAUCACGUCAAUGGAAACAGAAUGGUAGAACCUUUCCCAGAGGGAACACAGAUGGUCGUGUUCGGUAUGGGCUGUUUCUGGGGAGCUGAGAGGAAGUUUUGGAGGCAGAAGGGAGUCUACUCCACUCAAGUGGGUUAUGCAGGAGGAUAUACCCCGAAUCCUACCUACAAAGAGGUGUGCUCAGGUAAAACUGGCCACACCGAGGCUGUACGCGUAGUAUAUCAGCCAGAAAACAUCAGCUUUGAGAAACUGCUCAAGRUCUUCUGGGAGAAUCAUGACCCGACACAAGGGAUGCGGCAGGGGAACGACGUUGGCACGCAGUAUCGCUCCGCCAUCUACACCUUCUCGCAGGAGCAGAUGGAAGCUGCCUUGAGAUCCAAAGAAGAUUAUCAAAAGGUAUUGACAGAGGGCGGUUUUGGGGCCAUCACAACAGAAAUCCGGGAGGCUCCGGACUUCUACCUUGCCGAAGAUUACCAUCAGCAGUACCUCAGCAAGAACCCCAACGGCUACUGUGGGAUGGGGGGCACAGGACUUUCCUGUCCCAUCGGGAUCAAUAAAUAGCAUCCGCUCAGGCCAUUGUAUGAGGGGCUUGUUGGAAAGAAACAAAGAAGUGGACAACCCAAAGGGAUGUUAUCAUGUGCCUGCAGAAUCAGUCUGGAAAGAUUUGGGCACCCUGUAAGGCUGGUGCUUUUUAAUUUUAGUGGCUGGCAUUGCUUUGCAUUCAAAGACCCUAAAAAGCCAAAGCUGAGGCUGAAACAGCUCCUGUUUAUGAAUGCAACCUCUCCUUCUGUGCAUUUCCUUGCAAUCUUGUGAUUUGGAAAGAAAAGCAAAAUUUUUAAGUUUGUCUUGGUGUGUUGAGGUGAACUCRAAAGAGAUGGAUGAGGGGGUGCCUMAUUAGGGGGAGCCCCUGCUAACCUCCUUGCACAGCUAAUGCUUAUAGGCAUAUUUAUCAUCUUGGUUUAAUGAAUUUGCUUGUGUUGUGAGAGCUUUGGCUUUUGGAGAUAAUAGUUGAGAUCAUCUUAGCUAUCAAAACUCUGUAAUUUGAUAUCGUUAAGA